AUGGCUAGUGAUCGGCACAUAGCUAUUCAUGAAGAUGAACGCGCAGGAGCAGAAAUUGCAUAUGGAGCCGAAGACUGCUACUCUUUUAUUGUAAAGCUCUCGCAAUACUCAGGAUUUCCUAAAGGAAUGCUACCACUUAAAUACCUUGAAGAAUUUGGUUAUGUUAGCAAGACUGGAUUCAUAUGGAUGAAACAAAAAGCCCCCUACCAACAUUAUUUUUCUUCAAUUAAAAUGUUCGUUAGCUACGCAAAGGAGAUUACUGCAUACGUCGAGAGAGGUAAGAUGAAAAAAAUAAGUGGUGUUAAGAGUAAACAACUACUUCUUUGGUUGCCUACAAUUGAAAUGAGCAUUAAUGAAGAUCAAAAGAAGAUUUAUUUUAAAACUCUUAUGGGAAUUGGAAUGUCUUAUCCCAUUAUUGAUUUUAUGACUGAUGAGGACAAGGAAGAAGCUAAGUAUAGUAGUGCAUAA